AUGGCUUCCCCCAAGAUCUUCAACGUUGCCGUAGUCGGUUACGGCUUGUCCGCGAAAGUCUUCCAUAUCCCAUUGAUUCUCGCCCUUCCAGAGAGUUUCAAACUGUAUGGCGUCGUCCAACGCUCGCCCAAAACUGACGAUGAUGCCUCCAAAGAUCACGCUGGAAUCAUGAGCUGGAGAUCCGUGGAUGAAGUUUACGCGGAUCCAAAAGUUGAUGUUGUGAUCAUCACCUCAAUCCCAGAGACGCAUUUCGAUAUGUGCAAAAAGUCCCUGGAAGCAGGGAAGAACGUUGUGGUUGAGAAACCUUUUGUCCCGACCUCGGAAGAGGCCACUUCCUUGAUUGAGAUUGCAAAGAAGAGUGGGAAAGUUCUCACAGUCUACCAGAACCGUCGCUGGGACGCGGACUUUGUAACUCUCCGUAAAAUCAUKAGCGAAGGUCACCUGGGCGAGAUAUCGGAAUUUGAGACUCAUUUUGAUCGUCACAGGCCCAACGCACCAGCUGAGAGCUGGAAGAUUGUUGAUAAGCCUGCUCAUGGGAGUCUAUAUGAUCUGGGUAGUCAUCUUGUUGAUCAGGUGUACUCCACAUUUGGCAAACCACAGAAGAUUACUGGAUUCAUUGGUAUCUCAAGAAAAGGGGUCAGCGAAGGCGCGGAAGACUCUCACACAGUGCUCUUGCAUUAUGAGAAGAUGCUGGUCACUGUAAAGUCGGCUGUUAUCAGUCCUGAGGAGGAGYAGCUGAGAUUUUGGGUCAGAGGAACGAAAGGCAGCUUCAAGAAGUUCCACCUCGAUCCUCAAGAAGAUCAGCUCCGGCUACAUGGCAUUACUCCUGGCCAUAAUCAGUUUGGCAUCGAGCCUGAGUCUCAUCACGGCGCUCUCACCACUGUUGAAUAUGAGAAGGCCAAACCCAUUCGCAAGACGUAUCCCACCAUCACACCUCCCCCCACAUAUGUAGAGUACUACCGCGUUCUCGCGAAAACUCUGCGCGGUGAGGGACCCGUUCCCGUAGCGGCUGAAGAUGCUCGCGAUGUUCUGCGUAUCCUCGAGCAAGCGGUGCUGAGCUCGAAGGAAGAGAGGACUGUUGUAGCUUAG